UUCGACAGAAGAGGAGGGGCGGCGGGGGUGAGGUGGUAAUAUUUUUGCCAGAAAGUGCAGACAGUGUGGUAAAAUAAACACCACUUUAUGAGUACAUUCGACUCUCGCCUGCGACACAAACGGCUCUAAAGGCCCGACGGCGAGUCUCAACACCGCCGAGGAGGCAGAGCAGGCAAAGUAAGCAGCUCCGGGUUCAGUCUGUUAUGUGCUUGUGCCAAGUUGGCCUGUCAUGGAUGGCGGAGGGUGCAGCAUGAACGGCGGAGGUGACAGCAGCCGCGGGGGAGAGUCUGGGUCUCGGCUGGGUCUCAUAACGCUGGAGGACCUGGACUCCCUGACGGACGAGGAUAUGGAUCGGGAGCAGCCGGCCGUCGGUGCCGCAGACCCGGGCGGAGACACCGAGGCUGUGGAGGAGGAGAGCCAGGAGAGGCUGCUGGCUUUCUGGCAAAAUAUUGGUAGAGGGCAUCGCAUUGAUAUACCAGAAGAUAUGGCCCAGCCCAUCCAGCAGCUCACCACAGACAUAGAAAGCUCACCCAACAAGGAGAUGGUUCCUUUUAGCCUCAUUACACGUGAAGAAAAGUGUGGCAGCGUCAUGUAUGAGAAGCGAGUGUACAAGAAGGCGUGCUGGGCGUGCAUCACUGUGCGGGAGGACACGUACGAGCAGAGCAUCUGCAUGGGCUUCAUGAAGAUUAUGAGAUACAUCUGCCAGCAGAAUACCUCAGGGAGUUACCUGGGCAUGACCAUCCCCAUAGUGACAGUGGUGCGGACGGAUGACGCCCGGUUCAGCCUGUCCAGAGAUGUGACGGUGGCCUACUACCUGCCGUCCCACCUGCAGGAUCAGCCCCCUCUGCCCACUGACCCUGACGUCACCAUGGAAAUGUGGCCUACCACUGUGGUCUACAGCAGGACGUUCACCGGUCCCACCAAUGAAACCACUAUCCUGAGCGAGAUCCGUGCAUUAGCCGAGCUUCUGGACUCCCCGGAUCUGUGUGUGAGCGACUCGUUCAUCAUCGCUGGGUACACCAGCGUCGCCGCUGCACACCGACACAAUGAAGUCUGGUUCCUGGAGCGCCAGUGAGAGCUCAGGAUGGCGAGCUGUAGAACCAGCGGCUCUCUAACACUUUCAGAUGUUAGCAUCGGCAGUGGACAACUUUGGGUGUGUGAUCCUCUAGAUUUCCCUGGACGGAAAACAUUUCAUGGACUUUUAGAUAUGCUUUUUUAGAGAUUAGACGUGAAUUAUCAAAUCUCAGAGUUGGGAGGGUCCACAUUUAUAACACAUCAAGACUUAAUGGUGAUGCUGUGUCUUCAUGAGAAGGCCGUUAGUUCUCUCUUUGACACAAAUCCAAAUGACUCUCAGUCCUGCCUUUGUGUUGGACAAUGAGAAUAAAUCAAAAUCAAAUAUUAUAUCUUUGACUGUAUACCUCAACAUUGAUAUAGGUGCUUUCUUAUAAUAUUUACACGACAUUUUUGAGAAAUAACACUCCACAUCACGAUAUGAAGAAAAUAUCUGGUCUUGCAUCACAACAUGAAUAUAUUAUCAAUAUACUGUCUAGCCCCAAAUGCCACGUUUGCUUGGGUAUGCAGAAAUACUUGUUUAUGUGUGAGUGGGACCAGUACAAUAGCACAAUGACGCUUGAUGUGUCAGAAGGAAACCAGCUGUUAGAAUUACUAGCAGAUACCUCAGCAUUGAUGCAGAUCACAAACAGAGCCGAGCCUUCAUUUAAUGCAUUUAACACAAAGUGCUUAUACUUAACUCUCAGUGCUUGUUUAUUGUGUCGAAAAAUGAAUAAAAUGUUCCUGGCAUCAAAAUGCCAUCCGUAGGAUAAAUACAAAACCAAAACCGUUAUCUAAUGCAAGCAACAGAAUACCUCAAACAUUCAUUCAAGUUCAUUCAUACACCAGUAAUAACUCUAACUACCUGUACUACACUAAAGAACUACCUCUACUGUGCAAAGUGUGUUGCUUUAUGCAGUAAGAGAUUUUAAAUCAUUUUGUCAUAUCUCCUUUUAAUGGGUUCAGACAGCUAAAAGCACAUGUCUGUCAGUGUGGUUUUCAUGCUUGUAUCACAACCUUUGUAGGCUACCUAUGUAAGUGUAAAGGAAGGACUUUUUCUUCUACAAACUCUUAUAUCUGUACAAGUAAUGUUGGUGCCUGGUUCCUUUUUAGGAAGAUUAAUCAUUUGAAUCUAAAUAUAAGUAAGAAAGUUUAAGAAGACUGAUUUAAAUUGAAGAUUUUUUGUUUGUUUACUGAAAAGGAUUGAAUUAAAUAAAGUUUUUUAGGACAGGUUCUUGAGAAAGGAUUGUGUUUUCUCUGGUAAUAUACUGCCAUACCUGAUUUUUCAGUGCUCUCAGGAAUGGGUCUCUCUGUGCAAUGGUAAAGUUUUUUAAUGUUGAAAUUUAUUUUUCCUCUUUGGAGUCAGUCUAUCAAAAAUGAUUGCAGUUUAUGUGAACCCAUACAUUCUACAAUAUGAAUUGAUAUGUCAUAUACAGUUGAACUGAUGGAGCUGAACAGAGUCAUGUGAGUCAUGUGGUGUCUGUGUUUAUUUUUCUGCAGCUGCAGCUCCCAUGCUGACAUGGGAACAGUUACAAAAUAUGAAAUUGUCUAUUUGUCUCCUUAAUUCAAAGGCUUAAUAAAAUGAGUUUCAUCUGU